CGGCUGGUCUACAAAGAAAAAAGGGCGUGAUAUUUCGGGAAUAUUCCGUAGGGGAUCUUUGCGAUACUCAAUCGCUCUGUUAGUUUUACCCUUGUCCGUCUCAAGAACACGCCAAGAUGCAUCUCAACCUAUCACUAUACCUUGUCACAGACUCAACACCGGCCAUUCUCAAGGGCCGGGAUCUGUGUACAGUGGUUGAAGAAGCUCUGAAAGGAGGUGUGACCAUUGUACAGUAUAGAGACAAGAAGUGUGACACCGGGCUUAUGAUUGAGACCGCCAAGAAAUUGCACAAAAUAACCCAGGCCUAUGGAGUUCCCUUGCUCAUUAAUGAUCGAGUCGAUGUGGCUCUCGCAGCUGGAGUGGAAGGUGUCCACCUUGGCCAGGAUGACAUGAAUAUCACUGAGGCCAAGAAGCUUCUCCCCACGGAUGCCGUUAUUGGCAUCACCGCUUCUUCGAUUGAAGAGGCACAGAGAGCUGUGGCGGAGGGAGCUGACUAUCUCGGUGUCGGGACAAUGUUUGCAACGCCCACGAAGAAGGAUACAAAAUCUAUCAUUGGAACAGCUGGGACCAAGAUAAUCCUUGAAGCAAUUGCCGAUGCAGGUCGUCCAGUGGGCGUUGUAUCCAUUGGAGGGAUCAAUCUAUCCAACGUUCAGCGAGUGCUCUACCAGUCUCAGUCGGCCAAAAAGGGGCUGGACGGCGUUGCAGUCGUCAGCGCCAUUAUUGCAGCAGAGGAUCCCCGGGAGGCUGCGGCAAAGUUUGUGAAGCGUAUCAACUCUCCUCCCUCAUUUGCAUCGACGGUGCAAGUUCCACGGGACAACGAAGCUGCGCUCCUGGUCCAGGAAGUGCCCGGCAUUGUCCGCAAGGUUGCGACGCGGCAUCCAUUGGUGCACAAUAUGAUUAACUACGUGGUAGCCAACUUUGUUGCCAAUGUGGUCCUUUCAAUUGGUGCAUCGCCAAUUAUGUCGCCUUAUGGCGACGAGGCUGCUGACUUGGCCCUCAACGACGGCGCAUUGGUAAUCAACAUGGGCACUUUGAAUAGCGAUAGUGUCUCACACUACACCAAAGCAAUCAAGGCGUACAACGAACGAGGAAACCCUGUGAUCUACGAUCCUGUCGGCGCAGCCGCUACCCAGAUCCGGCGUUCGGCGGUCACGCAACUCAUGUCGGUGGGAUAUUUCGACCUCAUUAAAGGCAACGAGGGGGAGAUUAGACAAGUCUCUGGAAACAGCGCUGUGAGGCAGCGAGGGGUGGAUAGUGGGCCAAGCACACUGAAUAGUCUCGAGAAGGCUACGCUCGCGCGCGAUCUAGCCAGACGCGAGAGGAAUAUUGUGCUCCUGACAGGAGCUGUCGACUAUCUCAGCGAUGGAGAGCGUGUCAUCGCUGUAGAGAAUGGACAUGAAUAUCUUGGCCAAGUCACUGGUACCGGCUGUGCCAUCGGCGCCAUCUCCGGGUGCUUCCUGACAGCCCACCGAUCCGACAAACUGGCCGCUGUCCUUUCCGGCUUAUUGAUGUACGAGAUUGCCGCUGAAAACGCUGCUGCCAAGGACUACGUGCGAGGGCCUGGAAGCUUUGUGCCCGCCUUCCUCGACGAACUGUACGCCAUCCGCCAAGCCGCGGUCCGGAAUGACGAUAGCUGGCUCUCUGGCCGAGCGAAGAUCCGAGAAGUUCAGGUGUAAAUUCUGAGCCUACGAUGCGCAAAAAACCCUGUGUAGACGUAGAUAUGGGAUACACAGAGCAUGGAAAAAAUUCCGGUGGAAAUUUCUCAUCGGAUCUUGUUUAUUCUUCAGCAAUGAUCUAUAGAAAAUUUAGCCUAAGUCAUUUUGCCGCGGAGGGUGGAAUACGAGCUGUUCGCAGGCCGUUCGUUGGUGGACAAUCUCGCCCCUCUCUUAGAUAGGAUAGGCC